CACUGCCUACUUCUCAGAACGUAGUUUUAACAGGAUACCACUCGAAUGAUGAUUCCACGGAUGAUUUCGUGAACAGCAUUAAGGAGGAGACAGAACGCUCUUCACCAGGUAUCUCUGGACAUUGGAGUUUGAUGAAGAAAAAUACACAAAUGGUGAAAUUCUCAGUUGGCCUUGGAGAUACCCAUGUGGAGAUCUCACAGCAGAGGAGCAGCUAAGUGACUUAUUUUUAAAGUUCGAAAAUGUGGACAGUAUAGUAUGAGCCAAGUGCAUUCCAGAAACAUGGAGAAGCCUCAAUAUGAACGGUCCUACUCCCAGGAUUCUCUGGAUGAACUUUCCAUGGCUGACUAUUGGAAUGAAGUGGAAAAUAUCCAGACAACCCAGGAAAAUUGCCAGGAAGAGCAAGAAGAGGUGGCCGUGAAAGUGCCUGAUGAAGGGGAGGUGGAGGAAGAGUGGCUGAAGAAUGCGGGCCUUUCCGGACUAGUCAGCGGAGACACCCAGGAGAGUAUAACAAUACUAUCGACUCUAACCCGUACGCAAGCAGAAGCUGUCCAGAGAAGAGUGGAAACAUUUACAAUGACAAUGAAGAAAAAGAACAAACAACAUUUCCCUGAUGUCAGGGACAUCUUUAGUCCACAGGCCUCAAGUACAAAUGAAGUAUCGGCUGCUGCAACUGAUGGUGAUGAAAGAGAAGACAUGGCUGAGAAAAUAGAAGGGCAGCUGAACAAUCUGGCUAUUAAGGACGAAAGCAUCCAGCACACAGAUAUCAAUUUAGAAAUAUCUUACUCUGAACAGGCCUCAAAUACGAAGGAUAAAUCAAACAACAAAAAUCCUAUACGAGAGGAUGAUUCAUCCCUGCCUAACUACCGGCUGCCAAAGGAAAAGACAGGUACGACGAAAGCAGGAGAUCUUGCUCCUCAGGAUAUGAAGAAAGUUCAUUCACUGGCUCUGAUUGAAAUAACGGCUCUGUAUGAUACUCUUGGUGUGGAUUUUAAACAGCAUAAAGCAAUGAAGGUCAAAAUUAGAGAAACGGGAUUGUUUGGUGUUCCACUUUCAGUGCUAUUGGAACAGGAUCAGAAAAAAGUUCCAGGAACCAAGGUCCCACUCAUACUUCAAAAACUUAUUGCUCACAUUGAGGAAGAAGGAUUAAACACAGAAGGGAUUCUACGAAUACCUGGACUUGCAUCAAGAAUUAAGAGUCUACGUGAUGAGCUUGAAGCAAAGUUCUAUGAGAAAACCUUUAACUGGGAAAAUGUACGCCAGCACGAUGCAGCGAGUAUACUAAAGCUCUUCAUAAGAGAGCUGCCACAUCCGUUGGUCACUCUCGAGCACCUUGAUGCUUUCCUUGCUGUUCAGAAUCUAGCACAUCGAAAACAUCAGCUACAGGCACUUAAUUUGUUGGUGCUUCUCCUUCCAGACCAAAAUAGGGACACGCUGAAGUCAUUGCUUGAAUUUCUUCAGAGAUUAAUAGACAACAAGGAGAGCAACAGAAUGACACUAAACAACGUUUCGGUCAUCAUGGCACCCAACCUGUUUAUGUUUAAAGGAUGUUGCUCAAAGACUCAGUUAGCGAUGGCUGCUGGGACAAGCACGAUUAUGCGCUACUUGAUUAAAUACCAAGAACUACUUUGGACGAUUCCAAAGUUUAUUAUGAAUCAAGUCCGACAACAAAACAUUGAAAAUCACAAAAAGCUGUCCAAAGAAAAGGCUGUGAUGAAGCUCUUAAAAAAGAUGACGUAUGAUAAAGAUAAACAUGAACGGAACCAAACUGAUAAAAGCCUUCACGAUCCAGUCACACUUCAAGGUGCAAUACGAGUUCAGGCACCGUCACUUUCCAAAGUUUCCAUGGCAAUUCAACUAACAGAAGAUCUCAAAGCCGGUGAUAUAUUGGCACGCUUCCAACAAUGUCUUAGUCAGAACAGGAUUACUGAAUCUACGAACAAAGAGGAAGUUUGCUUGUAUGAAAUUGGAGGAAACAUUGGAGAACGCUGUCUGGAUGAUGACACAUAUAUGAAAGACCUAUAUCAACUGAAUCCAAAUGCUGAGUGGGUUAUAAAACCUCGCUGUCAAUGAAAUUGAUGUACUAACAGAUGGGCAGCAUGAUCAGGAAACACUGGAUGUGAAUGGCCCUGUGCAGUAAGGGAAAUGAGACCAUGUAGUUAGGCAGGCUCGUUCUCCUUGUGCUGGAGUUUUAUUAUUGGAGUCAUCCAGAAGAUAAAUAACCAUGUCUAAUUCACAACCAAAACUGAACUUGAAACAGAGACGGAUACCAAAAGAUCGAUUCCAUAUGUUGUUUUUUUUUAAACAACGUCAGGUUUAUACAUUAUGUAGGUGUGUCUACUUUAAGGAUAUUAAUAUGGAAGAAAGAUUACCUUGAGAGAAGACCAUAAAAAGAAAUUCCUGUCCAUAGAAUUGAAGCUUUGUUGGACAACAGACUACUCAAAAGCAGUGGGCUCAUUAAACAGCAUACUUGUAUAACAACAGUGCAUCAUUAAUGAGCACUUAAUUAUUACAGCCAUGCACACCCUGAUGGUAGAAUAUGAUUCACCAACACUCUAGCCCAUGAGCAAAGAAGUGGUAGAUUAUGUGAUGACAGGAAAUUAAUCGAUAAGAAUUCAAGUCUAACGUGAUUAAUCAGCUGAAAUUCACUCUCGCCAGUUCCUGAAGGUUGAAACUAACACUUGGCACUUGCCUUUCCUGUGGCCUGCUCACCGUCUCUCUCCAACUUGCCACCUCUCUCCCCUCCCUUCCCACUCACUGCUUCCCACCUGACCCUCUUGCUCACUGAUUCCCUUUCAAACUAUCCCUCUUGUCUUUCUGUCGUUCACUGCUUCUUUCCCCAACCCUCCUUCUUGCUUCCCACCCCCAAUGCUUCCACACACACUUUCUCAGUGGGCGAGCUGGGAUCCGGAAGCAGAGAUUGGGAAGGGAAAGUGGCAAGUGGAGGUGGUGAGUAGAAAGCAAGUUGAAAGAUUUUUAGGCGUUCAGUAGAAGAAUUUUAGGCGUUGAUACCACUGAUCUAGUCAUUCUGUUGUGACUAGUUUUGUAGAAUUGUUAAGGGAAGAUUGCUUCGAAAGACAGUUAACAUAUUAACAUAUGAUUCACCAACACUCUAGCCCAUGAGCAAAGAAGUGGUAGAUAAUGCGAUGACAGGAAAUUAAUCGACAAGAAUUCACAUAUUAACAAGCGCACAUACGAGGUGCUUGUGAGAUGUUUUGGCUUCCUGGCCCAGUUUUCCAAGUUACAGUACCCAGGUUCUUGAUGGGACAUUUCAAACUGCACAUACAUCCAAGUACCACCUCUCCCCAAAUCAGUUCUGUGUGCAUUGCAAGAAACAGUUUGCUUUCAUAAAUCUUUUAUCCAGCCUGGUUCAAACCAUGAGCCCACAUCCUGCUCUCCCAACCUGGCUAAUUCUGGAAAUGGCCAUGUUGUGCUCUUUCACAAUCUUCAUUGAUUCAGGCCAACAUUUAAAUGGUUUGUGGUUCAUGGCACCUCAGGUAUUACCUCUGUGUGAGGUAACCUUUUGAAAAGCAAGUUAAAGGUCUUAUCCAUUUCAACCUACCCUGCCCUGCUCAACACCCAUGGCCCUUCAUGGCCUACAUGCCAGGUUAUGGCUUUUCCAUGCCUACCCACCCAUGAUACACUGUACAGAAGCAACAAAUCUUACAGUGACCACAGAAUAUCAAACAAAAGCUUUAAAAUGUCAUCCAUUCAUUCAUUACUUUCAAUUUGUGUAAAUAAAAACUUCUUUUUGCAACAAACAAUCAAAUUCAACAAACCAGAUUUUUUAAUGCCUCACUAGCAGAAACUGCAAUUGCUUGACUCUUCAUCCACGUGUGAAAAAUGUUGUGAAUUUAACAGAAGAGACCAGGGAGCUAGAGUUGCCAAUCAAUCAGUGUUUUUCUUGGGGAUCAGCUGUUUUAACAUAUUAAUGGAUUUAUCUGUUAAUCAAGAAUGCAUAAUGAAGCUUGGCUUAGUAAGUGGGGGAGACAUAGCUUGGCAUUGAUGACCAAGAGUGAGCUUUGGGUGGGGUGGAGCUGGCAUGGCAUGGAGAGUGCAAGCAGUGAGAGCUACAACAUUGUUUCCUUUAAGUUAUAACUAGGAUUGAGACUUACAGCCUUUUAAACAGCCUACUUUGACAAUUACUGUGUCUAUGAUGGAGCUGUUUCCGACACACCAUCUGCACCCCACUCCCAACAAUGAAUAUCCUGGUUUUCCUGGAAUUUCAUCUUGGGGAAGUUCUGCAUAAUUAUAUUUCUUGAUGCAGAAACAGAAAGACUCAGUUAUUUUUUCAUAUUCAAAGCACUUUUAGGGAAGGAAAACACUCAAUAAAUGGGACCAUGAAAAGCUGCCUUUGAACUUUUUCUAUCAAUUCAAAAGGCUAGCCUUCUUGGCUCUUUCUAUUUAAAAUUUGUUCUUUGAAACCUAAAGAUACUUGCUUUAACCCAUUGAUAUCAAUUCAACUUUUCUUUUAUUAAAUGACUAAAAUAGAUGCUACAAUAGAUGCUUCUGGUAAGAUGGCGGUGGAGUAGGGCUUCUGAAUCUGGGGUCCUCUUCUCCAUCUGUUUCUCCUUUCAUUUCUUUUUACUUUUUAAAAUCUAUUUUCUCACUUUAUUUUAUUCUUUUGCUUUUUGUGCCUCUUGUUGAAGAGCUCAGUCACAGUGAUGGCAUCUGCGGUGGCAGGUAGUCCCAGUGUGGAUUUGUGGUAGUCAGUGAGUGGGCCCAGUGCAGACCCAUGGUGGCACUGGAGGGGGUUCGAGUUCCGGCAGUUUCCACAUUGAUGAGGCGGUCCUGGCACCAACUCAUUGCUGCUGUGGCAAGGUGAGUUUGGGUUCCCAGAAGCAUUUAUGUCCAGCACAGAUUCUGUGGAGGUGAGUUUGAGCCUGAAGUGGCCUCAUUGUGGCGGAGUUAAAUUUGGGCUGGAACGGUACCUGGCGGCAUCAGUGGUAUCUGCAUUGGCAAGAUCCAUUGAGGGCUCAUAGUGGCGAGGGUGUCGCUGCUGGCAAGAUGGCACCAAAGAGUGGCAACUUUGAUUCCAGUGGUGACAUUGAGGCAAAAGGACUCGUGCCUGGCCACCAAGCCCAUGGCCCAUGGCAGAGCACAUAAUAAUAACGGCUGUAAAGUUGAAUUUUUUUUCUUUAUUUCUUUACUGUUCUGCCUUGAUUUUCUAUGUUUCGAUUUAUUUCUCUGUCUUUUAAGAUGGUGCUGGAGAGUGGUGACACUAUACAGUACUUUCCACACAUGACUAUAAAUAAAUCAAACCAUCAAAUCAUUAUAAACACUAACAAAUACAUCUCUCACGCAUGAUAUGUAGUAAUAAUGGCUAGUUAACCUAGAAGUUGCGAGUUCAAAUUCCAUCUUGUUAAUUUCAAAAUCCAUUCAAUGAUUUGCAGUCCAGCAUAUUUCCAUGUCAGUAGAUGGAGGGUGAUACUUUUUUCUUUUUCUUCUAUUCAUACUGUAACAUUUUUAAAAAAAAGUAUAUAUAUAUAUAUACAUAUAGUAUACAGCCUUUUGUUUCUACUGGUGGUGCAGCUGAGGACUUUAUUUCAAUGUUGGUGUACAUAACCAAAUUCACUCCACAUAUGGGUAGAAACAUUAAGGAGUAAAUUGCCUAGACAUAAAACAUGGCAAUACCAUAAGUCAUUCAUGCACCACAGCUCCACAAAACAAAUUAAAAUGUGGUCUGUAAGAACAAGCUUGAAAAUACUUUACAGAUUACAUCACAGUCUAGAUUUAGGACUAAAUGUACCGAAAAAAUGCUCUCAUAUAAAAGUAAUUUAUUUUUCUACUGGUUGAGGCUAUUGAAGGUAACCGAACCUGAGACACCAUUUCCACAAUGACAGAGAGCUGUGACGUACAAAAAAAUCUAACUUUAUACUCCAUUACGUUCAAUAGGAAUAUAACUUUAAUCUAGUCGAGUGGGUUGAAUAACUUGCUUCUGCCCUUGAUUUUAUGCAGCCACUAAGCAUCUAAAAUAGCUUUUAAUUUAUUUCUUGCACUUUUCAUGCAGGAGCAUUAACCUACUUAAAACAAGGAGGUUAAUGUCUGUACUAAAGUAGAAAAUAACAAAUUGUACAAAUAGGUUGUGUGUUGAGGUGGUGACAUAGUGGUAUUAUCAUUGGAUUGCAGAGGCCCAGAUUCAAAUCCUAUCAUACAGCUAAUGAAAUAUAAAUUAAAUUAAUAAAUCUGAAAUUCAGUGGUAGUCUCAGCAGUGCUGAUCAUGAAAAUAUUGUCAUUUGGCAUAAAACAUAUUUAGUUUGUGCCAGAUCAUUAGAAAAUCUGCUGUCUUUACUUAGCCUGGCAGAGACAUGCGUCCAAACUCAUAGCAAUGUGCUUGACUCCUAACCGCCCUCUGAAAAUCACGAAGUCAGUCAUUCAGUUCAGUAGUAAUGAGAUAUGUACAAUAAAUUCUGGCCCACAGAGCAACACCAACAUCCUCUGAAAGAAUAAAGGAAAUGAAAUUGCAAACAUUAAUCUCUCAACUUAUUUUCAUGCGACUUAAAAUCAUGAAUAAUCAAAAUUCUGUUGCAGAAAUAAAUGAGAUUGAUAUUCAAUAAAAGUAGAAAUGGAGACAAAUUAAAAGUCAAGUAAGUCAACAUAUUUGUGAAAAUAGUCUCCGGUGGCAAAAUAUAAAUGCCAACUGAAAUUUAGAAAAUGCUUUUCAUUUGUCAUCAAAGAAUGACAUAAUAUUAGUCACAAAACAGCAUGUUUAAUGAGUCUCCAUCAUACUGAUUCAAUGGUACUGCUUUUUCAGAGGAUUUCUGAGAUUUUGUUUAAAACACAAAUUAUCCAAUUCUUUUAGAUUUUUCUUUUGUUGAAUAUGUUCAAAGUUAAAUGGCUGUUUUGUAUAUAAAUAUCUCAGUUGUUUGAAUACAUUUUCAGUUUUCAAACUGUACAGUUAAUAUUUUAUA